AUGGAUACCUCCAAACUGCCUAAGAUCAAGGAUGAGGAGCGAGAAAGCGCCUUUGGAUUUGUACAUGGGGUUUCUGGACCAGUGGUGAUAGCUAAUGCGAUGGCAGGAGCAGCCAUGUACGAGCUGGUCCGUGUAGGUCACAGUGAACUGGUGGGAGAAAUCAUCCGUUUAGAGGGUGAACUGGCAACUAUUCAGGUCUACGAGGAGACUUCUGGUGUGUCUGUCGGGGACCCGGUCCUUCGAACAGGAAAGCCCCUCUCUGUAGAGCUGGGACCAGGAAUCAUGGGUGCCAUCUUUGAUGGUAUCCAACGUCCACUAAAAGACAUUAAUGACCUCACUCAAAGUAUCUACAUCCCAAGAGGAGUGAACAUUGGUGCUCUCAGCAGAGACCUCAAAUGGGACUUUUCUCCCCGUCAGGGCCUUCGAGUUGGCAAUCAUGUGACAGGUGGGGAUUUCUAUGGCGCCGUGUUCGAAAACUCCUUAAUCAAGCACAGUAUGAUGAUUCCACCUCGCAAAAGGGGCACCAUCACCUAUUUGGCCCCACCUGGACAUUAUGACAUAACUGAUGUAGUUCUGGAGCUCGAAUUUGAAGGCGUGAAGGAAAAGCUGACCAUGAUGCAGGUGUGGCCAGUAAGACAAAUCCGCCCAGUAUCAGAGAAGCUGCCUGCCAAUCAUCCACUGCUGACUGGUCAGCGAGUUCUGGAUGCACUUUUCCCCUGCGUGCAGGGCGGCACCACUGCCAUACCAGGAGCCUUUGGAUGCGGAAAGACAGUGAUAUCGCAAGCGUUGUCCAAGUACUCCAACAGUGACGUCAUUAUCUAUGUCGGCUGUGGAGAGCGUGGAAACGAAAUGUCUGAAGUGCUGCGAGAUUUCCCUGAGCUUACUAUGGAAGUCGGUGGCAAAACUGAGAGCAUCAUGAAGAGAACAGCACUAGUGGCAAAUACGUCCAACAUGCCUGUGGCUGCAAGAGAGGCUUCCAUUUAUACAGGGAUCACACUGUCUGAAUACUUUCGAGAUAUGGGUCUCAAUGUGAGCAUGAUGGCAGACUCGUCAUCUCGAUGGGCCGAGGCUCUGAGAGAAAUCUCUGGGAGAUUGGCUGAAAUGCCUGCUGACAGCGGUUAUCCUGCUUACCUGGGUUCCAGGCUCGCCUCCUUCUAUGAGCGCGCUGGACGUGUGGUGUGCCAGGGAAAUCCAGAAAGAGAAGGCAGUGUCAGCAUCGUAGCAGCUGUGUCGCCCCCUGGUGGAGACUUCUCAGAUCCUGUCACUUCAGCCACACUGGGAAUUGUUCAGGUGUUCUGGGGAUUGGACAAGAAGCUGGCUCAAAGAAAGCACUUCCCUUCUGUAAACUGGCUGAUUAGCUACAGCAAGUACAUGCGAGCUCUGGAUGACUAUUAUGACAAACAUUUCCCUGACUUUGUUCCUCUCCGUACAAAAGCAAAGGAGAUUUUACAGGAGGAACAGGACCUGGCAGAAAUCGUGCAGCUUGUAGGCAAGGCCUCCCUCGCUGAGGCUGACAAGAUCACUCUAGAAGUUGCUAAACUCAUUAAGGAUGACUUUCUGCAACAGAACAGUUACUCCGCCUACGACAGGUUCUGCCCCUUUUACAAAACAGUUGGCAUGCUCUCAAACAUGAUUUCUUUCUACGAGAUGGCCCAACACUCAGUGGAGACAACAGCACAGACUGACAACAAAAUCACUUGGGGCAUAAUCAAGGAACAGAUGGGAGACAUACUGUACAAGAUCAGCUCCAUGAAGUUCAAGGACCCUGUUAAGGAUGGCGAAGCUAAGAUCAAGGCAGACUACACCCAGCUGCUGGAGGAAAUACAGAAUGCUUUCCGGGCCCUGGAGUGAUAAAUAUCUUACCUCUGCUU